AUGCAGUUUGUGCAACUCGGCCUAUUGUUCUUUUUCAUCACAUCAUCAGCCGAAGGCCACGGCGCACAGAUCACGGGCACACAUCAUUCGACCUCGAGCGAAUCCGGGUCACGGGACUACCACAUUAUUCCACGGGCUUUGGCGACAGACGUUCCGGGAGGGGGCUACAAUAAGACAAAGCUCAUUACCAACGAUACAGACGCCAGCUCCGCAGCGAUAGGAGGAGACCAGAUUGUAUCAUACUUCGUCCUGACCGCUUUCUCGUUGAUAUCCGGCACAAUAGGUAGCAAAUCCACCGGCGGCCUAUCGAUUGGCUCGCUUAGCUGA